AUGGAACAUGUUUAUAAUAAUCCUAUAAGGCAGCGAAUUAAUAAGAUUUUUGAUAGCCACAUCAUAACUGAUAACAGUGAAGCCCUUUAUACUGUUUCCGGUUUGUGCUCUGCAAAUUCUUCUUAUACUAGAAGAGUACUGGUUAAUGAAAUUGAAAAAAGAGAUCUUUCAGUUAACAAAAAUAUUUUAUUAGAAUAUGGUAAAGUCAAAGAUAAAUUGCAAAUAUUAAUAGAUUCCCUAAGCUCUUUGGAUAUUGCAGUAAAUGAUAUGUCAAACAGAUUACAUGAAUCCAAAACAAAAACUCAUCACAUUAUAGCCCAGACAACUAAAUUGAAAGAAGAAAGAAAGAAAACAAAAAAGAAGUUGACAUGGGUCAAUGCCUUUGUAAAAAAUUUUCACAUAUCUCCAGAACAAACCAAAAACCUCUUGAAUGUAUCUCCACUUACCCAUGACUUCUUUGAUUCCUUGGCAAAUGUUGAAAAAUUAAAUGAUAACUGUAGGACUCUCAUAAAAUGCUGGUAUCAAACUCCAGCCUUUGAUAUUAUGGAAACAAUAGGGUUGCAACAAGAAGCUGCAAUUGAAAAAUUAUAUCAUUGGACUAUUGGUGCAUGUUUAAUCAUAGAUUCACCAAAUAAUGCCUUGGUGCCGAAAGCUUUAGCAAAAUUUGAAAACAGACAAGUAUUGUUUUGUAACAUUAUUGAUGAAUAUUGCAAUGCAAGAAAAGCCAUGGUUGUACAAAAAUUUAUAGAUGUUUUAACCAAAGGUGGAGAUAAUGGUUCAAAGCCCAUAGAAUUUUAUGCUACAGAUGCCAAAAGGUAUAUAGGUGAUAUAUUAGCAUGGGUUUAUCAAAUAAUCCCAAUCGAAAAAGAAAAUCUGUCUACUCUUCUCAAAUACUGUAUUUUGCCUGAUAAAGAACAUAAAAUUACAGAGGCUCUGACAAAUAUAAUGGAGGCUUUAUGCCCAUUACUGAAAGUUAGAGCUGAACUUAUAUUAAAGCCUGAUAAAGAUCCACUAGUCCUGUGGUCUAUUACAAAUCUCAUAAUUUAUUAUAAAGAAAUUACUCAAAACAUUAUUAUAAAAGGUCAUAUGAUUGAUACUUUUGAAGAACUUUCUAGAAAAAGUGAACUAGUAUUUCUCAUGACCUUGGAUAGUAAAGUGCAAAAAGAAUUGAGCCAUGGUGUUAAAGCACCUCCAUCUGACUUAAAUCCAUCAUUUGUAGUUACAGAUUUGGUUAGUUUUUUGCGAGAUUUGAUGAAUACUUCAAAUGACAUAAACAAUAUAGACAAAAAGAUUUUAAUAAUGCAUAUAUUAGAUCCUCUUCUGCAUGCAAUUAAUGAAACUGCAUGCCAUUUGAGUUCCACAGAUAUGUCAGUGUACAUGUUAAAUUGUAUUUAUCAUAUUCAAUGUACACUUUCAUUAUACACUAUUUUAGAUGAAUAUAAUGAAAGGCUCCAGGCACAAUCAGAAGCCCAAAUUGAUACUUUGACAUCUGAACAAGCCAGUUUCCUAGUUGCAAAUUUGAAUAUGGGUCCUAUUUAUACAAUGUUACAAGAAAAGAUUGAUGGUCCUCUAUCAGCAAUUCCUGGCAUGGAUACAAAUUCAUUGAAGACAUUUUUAAAUAAGUUUGAUUUGUUUUUAGUCACACCUGAUGUGUACAUACUGUCCCAGUUAAAUCUACUUAUAAGUCAAAAUCAUAAAUCAUAUGUAAAGAAAAGAGCUUUUGAAGUGAUAAUGGCUAUAUAUGAGCAAUUAUAUCAAGCAAUACAUGAUCCAAAAAAUGGAUAUGUAGAACCUCAAUCAAUAAUACGAAGAACACCUAAUGAAGUGAAGAAGUUACUUGUG